AUGCAAUUCAUGCGGGACCCGCGGAACGUGAUGCUCUGCGUGGAGCAGUGUGGGGAUGCGGCCACCAUGUCCACCUUGGGCAAGUGCCGAGAAAUCGAUCCCAAAUUUCAGAGGACUAUUCUCGUUCGCACAAAGCUGGACGAAUACUACACUGAUUUGACGUGGUUGGCUGAGUGUGCGGUGUGA